AUUCUCAGAGCGCCAGAAAACGAGCUUUAGCGGGUGUUGUAAACUGUGAUGAGGAAUGUCAUUUUCAGUACCAUCAGAACGGACUAGGACUGGGUCAGGCUGGGAGGUUACAGCUGAUGAACUGGGAUGGUUUAUUUGUAAAAGGUGUUGUUGUAAUUUAUAGUGUUUUACGACCAGACGAAACACAUAAACUAAUUGAGUUGGACUGAAAAACGACCAGAUGGAGAAAGUUGAAUGUUUAUCUUUAAAGGAUCUGGUGAGUCCAAGAAAGACCAAACUGGACAUCAUAAAUGAAGAUGAAAGCAAAAUUGAGCAGAAGGAGAACAUAUAUGUUGAAUGUAAAAAAAUAACUCCCUUUAAAGACGAGACAACAUCAGCAGUUGUGCUAGGCAGAAAAGGUUACACCCCAGAGAGAAUUCACUGCACUCCAAACAAACUUGUGGACCGCCCUCAGACAGAGCCCUGGACUCCAACAGCAAACUUGAAAAUGCUCAUCAGUGCUGCCAGCCCCGACAUCAGGGACAGAGAGAUGAGGAAGAGCCUUUUUCGCCCCAUUGAAAAUGAGACAGAGGAGGUUGUGGAUGAUUCUAACCAGUUUGACAUAACUGAUGACUGCACCCCAGAAGAUUUUGAAAAACAGAGGCCUAGCAGGAAGUUGAAAAGCCUGGGCCUUCUCUGUCAGAAGUUCCUUGCCCUUUAUCCUGAUUACCCACUAUCUGCAGAGAAGACUAACAUUUCUUUAGAUGAGGUGGCUGUAAGUCUGGGGGUGGAACGCAGGAGGAUCUAUGACAUUGUGAAUGUCCUGGAGUCUCUGCUGCUGGUGAGCCGGGUGGCCAAAAACCAGUACUGCUGGCAUGGGCGACAUCACCUACGCCAGACCCUGGAGGCCCUGCAGAGCGUGGGCCGACAGCAGAACUACGAGGGGCAGAUGGCACAGAUCCGCGAGAAGGACUUGGUACCGGCCGAGCCUCAGAGCAAGAAGUGUGCCCCUGAGCUUUCAGAGGACGGCAGUGAUUCGGACAUCGGCUGUGGGUCAGCCAGCAGAAGAAAAGACAAAUCCUUGCGAAUUAUGAGUCAGAAGUUUGUUAUGCUGUUCCUGGUAUCAAGGACCAGGAUUGUUACAUUGGAUGUUGCAGCUAAAAUCCUCAUUGAAGAGAGCCAGGAUGCAGCCAACCACAGCAAGUAUAAAACUAAGGUCCGUCGGUUAUAUGACAUCGCUAAUGUAUUAACGAGCCUGGGCCUCAUUAAAAAGGUUCAUGUGAAAGAAGAAAGAGGAAGGAAACCAGCUUUUAAAUGGAUUGGUCCCACAGAAUUCAGGACAUCCAGUGGAGAUGCGGAAGUGGUGGCUGUGGCAGAAGCUUUACCAUCCGUCCGCCCAGAGCUGCUGACAUCCCAGCCUGCGCUAACCGGCCCCGGGAAGCAGAGACUGACACGACAUGCUUCCUUCAGCAGCGUGCCUGCCUCCAGGAGCCAGCAGCGAAAGAUCAGCUCCGCGCCCAGCAGCCCACAGAGGGAACAGAAUGCCUUGACUCCUGAGCCAGUGGACUAUUCACAAAAAAGGGCAGCUGUUUGUAAACUGCAGUUUGGAGAGAAUCUAAAAACCCAACACUAUGGAGAAUCAAAAGCCUCAAGUCCUCAGAACAGCUCUGCAUCUCAUCGUCCUGCCUUCAGCCAGAUGGUCAUUCCCAUUGCUGUGGAUUCGCAGUAUGGAUCUCUUCCAAAGCCUCAUGCCCAGUCGGCCUUCUCUCUGCCACACCCUGAGCUGCUGUUGCCUCGUUUCUUUCCAAGCACUGCCCAGGGAUGCCAACCGGUCCUGUCAGUGUCCUCCGGGACCCCCAGGGACGAGAGAGAACCCCAGUCCCAGAAUUCCCUGGUGUAUUUCCAAAACAUGCCCCCAGCGCCACUGGUCAUGCUUUAUGGGAAUGGUGUCUCGGAGGAGGUGGACCGCAAUCGGACAGCUAGUGAAGGUCAGAGGUCACCUGUUGCCAGCAACAGUUCUCAGCCCCUCAGCAUGGGGAGGAAACGGCUUUCUGAAGAUGAGGGCCCAUUGGCCAAAAGGGGCAAUUUGUCAUUUUCCAGAGCAGAGGCCUUCAGUGAGAAGAGCUUGAGAGGAAAUGCCCAGGUGUCAAAGAGCUCCUUGAAGACAGGCGACCUGAAGGCGGUGCCCAGCAUGCAGCCCCAGGAGGGACAGUGGUGCUCUCUGCGCACAGAAGAGACACAGCCAGGACCCCCUCAGAGCCCCCCAAGCGAAGCAGGGGAGGCUGGGAAGCACAAUCCCCUCGAUUUCGCCCCUCACUCGCACUACCUCUAUGUGCCCAACUCAGCAGGUCUGAAUGGCUUGAACUUCCUCCUUUCUGCUGGACCCAGCUCCGGUGGCCUGGCUCUGUCUCCGAACGGGUUGCCCACCCUGGCUUUGCCAUAUGUUGUUGUGCCUUCCUCCACGCUGCCCCCCUACUCUCUCAUGGCCAACAGCCUCCCGGCGGGGGCAGGCACUCACAUGCACAACAAGGGCCCGGUCAGUUUCAACGUGCCAGCGAUGGUGUCCCCUGCGCGGUUCGUGGUCGGACCGACGUCUGUUCCUGUGCCCAGCAGCUCAGCAUACUCCCCCCCACAGGAAGGCCAGGUCCCCUCAUCCGGCCGCUCCAGUCCGGAGCAGCCAAGGCCUGUCAGCACCGUGAGCGUGGACUCCCCUGCCGGGCCUGGCCAGCUGUCAGCCAUGCCAAACCUUCAGCCUCACGUAAACCAGCCACAAACACCACUGACUCCAAAAGAGACGCAUAUGGCCUACCUCAAGGCUUUCUUCCAGACGCCAGGCACGACUGGCUCAACUCUUUCCUCCGUUGCCCGGAAACGAGGCGAGAGAGGGCGGACCCGAGCUGGCAGCUCAGUUCAGAGGAGGCUGGAUAUUGGCAACAGCAUGGCCAAGUGACAGCUUCAGUGGAUAGAGAUGUACCAUGUAGCCUCCACAAAUCAAUAUUUCAAGGUUAUAGCUAUAACAGGACCUUUGUUUGGAUUUUCAAAGAGACUUUUGGGAGAAAACUCUUGCCAUGACAAGGUUGGCUGUUCAUUUAGAACUUGUAAAGUAAUUGCUGUGCUGAAAGCAGUCAUUUUAUGGUGCAUUUGUUGUAUUCUUUCAAAAAUAAUGGCAGUUAGCUGUGCUAACAUGAAACUAACAAAGACAUUGUUCUAAAAAAACUCAGGAAUGCAACAAUUCUGAUUUCCCUCAACAAUCAUAUUUAAAUCUUUUUACUAGAGGUGCUUCACAGGUUUAAUGAAGCAUUAAGAGGAGUUUUUGUACAUAUUUUAUAAGUACAUUAAGUGGUACAGUAAUGAUCUUUUGGUAAAACCUUUUUGAUUAAUCCAUUCUUUAGCUGCUCAGGUUUUUGAAAAACCCAGUUAUUGAGUAAUGCCAAAACAAUAAUAGUGUUUCUCUGGUAUAUUCUUACAGCUCAUGUGGUUUUGUCUCCCUUUUGUGGGAAUAGAUUUAGAUUUCUGUUUGUUUUUAUGUUGACUGGGAUGUAAGUUUCCAGUAUCAAAGAUCUACAUGUUCAACCAGAGGAAUACAAACCUCCCCUUCAUACACUGAAAGAGAAAGUGUUAAGCACUAAUUCAGGAAUCGUUUGGAUCGAGACUUGUCAAGCACACGGGAGCCUAUUUUCUCAUGUACAGUACAGAAGCUCAGUGAGUAUCUCAUUGUGCCUCUGUUACAUUUUUGAUGUGCACAUGAACUUUAUUUAUGUCAGUCAAUAUGGAUUGAUGCCUGUGUUUCAGUUAAAAUGUAAAUGUAUAUUAAUCAUCCAUACACUUGAGCAUUUUAACAUCUUUGAAGGAAAUGAAUUCAAUCACCAAAUGUGUUUGACAGAACUUCAUAUUUAAAGUAAUUGUUUAGAACGUUGAACUUUACGAGGUCAUCAAGAUGUUUGGUAAAGCUUAAAUGUAAGGGUAGGUGAAUUCUGGCUUUAAAAAACUUGACAAAAAGAAAAAAUAUUACUGCAUGUGCUGUUUUGAGGUUCUCUUUGAUGAUUUCUGCUGCCCCCAGUGGUCAAUGGAUAAAUCGAGCCCACUGAUAUUCACUCCUGGUCCUGGAGGGCUGUGUUGUUUUAUUUUCAUUCCACCCUGACUUGAUUCGAAUCAGUUCUUCACUUAACUGAUCUGUGUGAAUCCUUCACGAGUAACCACGUUAGGAUUUGAAGCUAUCUAUAAAACCUGGUAGACUGAUGCGUAGACUGAUGCCCUCCAGGACCAGGAGUGAAUAACUGUAAUUGUAAAUUAUAAAGGAGAAAAGUAAUUACAAUAUUUUCUUUGUUUCUGCACGACCGCUAAAAAAGAUAUGCAGUGCAUGUGUUGAAUAUGUAGACAACAUGCCACUGCCUCAGGCAGACUGUUUGGAACCUUUGAUUCAAACUUUGAAUUUCACUUUUCAGGGUCACUGUGUUUUUACUUUAGCAAGCAAAGUUUCACUAGAAAGCCCACUUUCCUUGAUUUAAGAAGCAUUGUGAAGGUUUCUGGAUUUAAGUUAAAAUUAAUAUAGAGGCUAUAUAAAAUUAAUAUAAAUGGUAAACAUAUUUGGUAAAUGGAGCACUUUGAGUUCAGCACUGCUAUCAAAUCCUGAAAUGUGAAAUAAGAUUUAAAUACAGUUUGCACUUCUGUACAGUUUCACAAAUCCGAAUCUUGGUCACAUUUAAAAAUAACUCAGAAUUAAUUUGCUUGGCUAAAUCCGAUGUUUAGAUGAGAGAGAGAUAAUGAUUUAAAUGAGAAACAUCUUGAUUACACAAACCAUCUGUGUGUGGGGAGGGUGGAAUCUCAGAAUUAACAAAUGACAAAUGUAGACAGGAAUGUAGGAAAUGGUGAACAAACUCAAGGAAAUCAUCAAAUUGAACUGUAGAGCACUGGAGCAACAUCUCUUUUUUUUUUGCUAUCUGGCAUCUCAAAAAGGUUGGCCUUUUAAGUUAUUUCCAGCUUCUCUUGGCAACAUUUUAAUAUGGAUAUCAAUAUUAAAAUAUUAAAGAGACUGAUUUAGCAGGAAAAAACUAUAUCUGUGAAAUAGAGAAAGUUAUUUUUUUCACUUAAUAGCAAGCCCAGAUUUAUCAAAACCCAAAAACCCACACACCGGUUUUGGAAAUGUUAGAAUUUUAUUUGAUGAUAGGAAAAGCAGAACACAUUUUGGAUGGAAAAGCUAUGAAUGGAACACGUUUUGUAUUUUACGGCUUAAGCUCUGUACAACCUUUAAGUAAGAGACUGAAAAUCUGAUUCUCUGAGACUUGUCUCUAUUUAAUGCGACAUAUUUCCAUGAAAUAUUGUACUGGCAUCCACAUCACCCUUUCAGGGCCCACAGUGGUUAGUACUGUGUUGCACAUGUCUUGCAGAGAUGAUGAUUUCAAAAUUGUUUAUUACUUGGGUAAAAUUACUAAAAAUACAGCUUUGAGAAUGUGAAUUUAAGGUAGUUUCUUUCCUAACAAUUGAAUAUGGGAAAAGUGAAAACUACAAAACCUGAAAAUGACACAUUUGUUUAACUUAUUAGUUGCAUUCAUUUACUGGUCCUUGAGAUACAAAGGAUCAUUUCUCAAGGUACUACAGUAAAGAAAUAGGGAGGGAGUAAAGUGAUGUACUUGAUUUUAAAGGUGCUUUUUAUUAUAAAAACGUACUUGAAACAAUUAGGAAACACCCAGUGGUCAUACGGGACUAACUUAAAUAUCAAUGUACUGUAAUUUAGCAAUCCACUGUGAUUUAUUCAUUAUAUUUAGUUUUUUCUUAUUUAGUAUGGUUAAGUAAUCAAUUUCCAGCAGUUUUUAUUUUUGCACCAGAAUGUGCAGACUGUGACCUGAACUGCAGAUGUGUAUAGUAUUGUAUAGAAUUCUUAGUACUUUUUAUACAUUUAUCGUAUUUUGUACAUUGUAUUGAACACUUUUAUCAACAUCGCUAUUUUAUACAGUGUUGGAUGUCUGUUAAUUUAAUGCUGCUUACUAUUAAAUGAUUGCACUGCUAGGUGAAAUAGUUUACUGUUGUAUAAUUGCUGCUUUUGUAGUGUUUAUUCCCCUAUCUGUUAUAUAACAGAACACAGAACCGGUGUUUUGUAAUAGCUGUAUUCUUUGUAUCUAUUAUGAGACAAACUGGUUCAUUCUAUACUGGUACCUGUAGCAAAGUAUUUGUCAGAGCUUUGUAAUAAAAAAAAAAGCUUAAAGGAG